AUGGAGAAGAGCAGCACGGGACCGAGACUUUGGCUCGGUCGUCUGAAUGAGUCCCUAGUCAGCGUCGAGCUGCUAAACGCAAUGCGUCCCGUACUGAGAGAAUGGGUGGACAGAGACAGCGGUGCGUUGUCGUACCGUCUUACACAGGUACUGACCGGGCAUGGCUGCUUCGGUCAGUAUCUGGCCAGACGCGAGCAAAACACUGCUUGCCAUCACUGUAGUGACGACCGGGAUACGGCGCAGCACACGUUGCUCGUCUGCCCCGCUUGGAUUAGACAAAGAGAGGCCUUACAGGCCACUAUUAGACCCGACAUCACGCUGCCGGCCAUUGUUCGUGCGAUGCUGGACAGCGAACACUAUUGGAGGGCAGUCGAGGCAUUCGCCGAAGUGGUAAUGUCGUCGAAAGAGGAGGCGGAGCGCAGGCGAGAGGCGGAGGCGCUCGAUCCUCAGAGAAGGCCGAGGCGGAGAACAAGGGCUAGCCAGACAUGGUCGCGAUAUCCCGCCUUAGCAGGGGAGCUCGGGGCGACGGUAUGGGGCUGCCGUCGCCCAUGA